AUGGUCUUGGAAAAGCGCGAAGCGUGGCUUUCCUCGCCCUCGACGGACCCGAGGAAACGGCCACACACGACUGGCAUUCAAUCGCUCGACGAAACUUUGGCCACCAUGUUUGUCUUUUACUGGCCCGUCCUUGACGGCAGCUUCCCCGGGCUAAGCCUCAUGUUUUCCAAUUAUUUCGGAACCAUCACAUUGUCCCUUGUCUUGGUUUCUUUGGAGUCCCUAAGGAAAGGCAACAGGACGUCGUCAUCUUCAACCUUCUUCAGUCCCACACUAUGGGGAAUGAUUGGCAUCAUGGUGACACUGGCGAUUUCGAUACCGUGGUACCUCACAGUACACCUCCUCAUUUCCAGCACCGCGUCUCACCCUACCAUUGAAAACUUGUCCAUCCCGAUACAUGAAUUGCGAGCUCUGAUUUUCAAUGUUGUGUUUGGACUCGUUUUGCCUUGUCUGGCAGUGGCUCUGCCAGAGAGCAUAACCGGGCUGCUCUUUACCAGACAGUCAGCAAUCGCGCUGUGGCAGUUGUGGCCGUUUUGGAGCACUGCAGUGCAUUUUAUUGCAAAGCAGUUUAUCCCCGUCGCAGAGCGUGACGCGGAUCCGAGGGCCCAAUGGGAAAAGACUAGGACAGCAUUUCGUCUUGUCUACGGGUUAACAUUUGCGGUAGCAGCCAUCACACAUGUUUCAACGUGGGCCAUCUCACUGACUGCUGCGUAUGCUCUGCCAAACCUCUUGACCGUCGAGACAGUCUCUGCUCUCCACCCGACCAACGUCUUCUUGAACACUUGGCCGUGGUUGCCCAUCAAGACGGACUCGAUUGGUCAAGGGACGCUCUGGCUAAUACAAUGGGAUCAGGUUUUUGCGGCAGGCGCCAUGUACUGGUGGAGUCUUGAUCUAUAUCGAGCUGCACACGCAACCCAGGGCAAGAAGAUGGAUUGGGGUUGCUUGGCACUCAAAUCGAUGGCAUUUUGUGUUGUAUCCGGCUUUACGGGUGCUGCGGUGGAGUUGCUUUGGGAAAGAGAGGAGAUGGUUAUGGAGGCUGGGCGACCUAAACAAAAGACAAAGUGA